AUGUCCUCCUCCGGCGACCCUACGCAGCUGGACGGCGGCCAGGCGCUGCUGGAGUUGCACAACGCCUCCGCCGCUAAGAUUCAGAGGUACUGGAAGGUUGCGCAGUUCAGGCGUUUGGAAGCUCGAGAAUCGUUUUGCCGCACCCUUUCUGCAUUAGUCCAGAAUGUGGACUGGAACUGUUUUGGGCCAGAUUCUGAUUUUCUUGGUCAACUGCUCUUCUUCUUCAAUGCAAAGAGAGGAGAAGAUGUUGACAUGCUUUGUAAAAUCUGCGACAUCCUUCUGCUCUAUGUUAGAUCUGAUGGGGAUCUGGUGAGCCUCUUUGCUGGUGGUGUAGAUAGCUCCAGAGUGAAAUCUGUCGUGGCUUUCUGUAGUAAUGGAUUUAUCUCAAAUUAUAUCCUUGAGAUAGCAUCUUGUGCUGAUGUUCUUCCACCGGACAUACUGGCUAAUCAUCCUGGACAAGCAUGCCUCCUUGCCAAUGUACUUGAAACUGCAACCUGGAUUUUGUCUGAACCAGACUUCGCUCCUGAAAGCAGAGCUGAAAUCAUUGGCCUUUGUACAUCACUGCUGGAUGGAUUCCCAAAAAUCACAUCACCUAUUGACAGGACAUAUGUCGAUGGUACCAUACCGAUUGACAUUGAUGCUAACUAUUAUUUUGAUGUUGAUCUGCAAAGGCACAUAUCGACACUGUUUCAACACUUGGUUAAUGCUGCAGUUAGUGGUAUACUGAGCAUAGAUUUUUCCGAUUCAGCUGGCCUUUCAAGUACUGAGCUACAGAUUGUAGGAUCCAUCAGUUUUCUUCUUCAUGGCAUGUUGCACUCUAGUAUUACUGAUGGAAUAAUUACUGAGCUGGUGCAUACCACUGAAAUCGUUCCUGCACUAUGGAAUUUUAUAAAGAGCUGCCAUACAAACGAUAAAUGGCAGUUUUUUUCCAAGUAUUGUUCUCAAUUGCUUCCAGACGCUCCUGGUUGGCUAUUACCUUUGUCCAUUUUCUGUCCAAUGUACAGCCAUAUCUUACAGUUUAUGGAUAUUGUGGAAUUUAAGAAAUCUGAAAGAUAUGUUUCUCUUGAAGAUUUGCCGUCUCUUGUUUUCAUCUUAAAGGAGGCUUUAUGGGAACUUCUGUUGACUAUUCCUCUGCAAUCAUCUUCUUUACAGACGACAUGCAGUCCUCUAGAUAAUAAGAAAAUGUUGACUCAGAUUCUCAAGAGCAGUGUUACGAAUGGAUUAUGUGAAUUACUUAUACAGUUAGAGAAUUGGAAUAACAUGGACCAAUUUGUUCCUCCUAUUGGUUUCUGUUCUACAAAAGCUAUUAGUGAUGAGUUUGCCUCUCAGGCACUUAUUGUGGGAACACAUGAAGCAGAAAUUAUAAGGCUUGCUCCGUUUUUGGUACCUUUUGGCACAAGACUUGAGAUAUUUCAACUUCAAAUAGUUUUUUUCAAUGAGCAUGGCAUGAAGGAAGCUGGAGUUGAUGCUGGUGGAAUUUUUAGAGAGUUCAUGAACAUUAUCACCGAGUCUGCAUUUAGUUUGGAGUCUGGCUUUUUCAAGGAAACAGCGGAUCAUUUGUUAUAUCCCAACCCUGAAUCGAAGUUGGCUCAUGCAGAUCGUCUGCAGUAUUUUCAUUUUCUUGGAGUUCUACUUGGGAAGGCAAUGUAUGAAGGGAUAACAGUUUGCUUGCCAUUUACAAUAUUCUUCUUAAGGAAGUUGAAACAGAAGGAAACAUUCUUUAAUGAUUUGUUUUCACUUGACCCAGAAUCAUAUCGCACUCUAGUGAAUAUGAAGGAUUCAGAUGAUCUCCCCUAUCUUUAUUUCAUUGCACCGGAUGGUAAAGAACUGUUUCCUGGCGGGGCAAGGAUGCAUGUUACUGCUCAUAAUGUUACUACGUAUAUGCAUCUUGUUGCCAACUACCAGUUAAACUGCCAGAACCGUGUGCAAACUGCACAGUUUGUGAGAGGUUUUCAACAACUUAUACCCAAAGAAUGGACUGAUAUGUUCAAUGAACAUGAAUUUCAGCUUCUCAUAUCCGGCUCUCUGAGCUUGAAUGUAGAAGACCUUCAGUUGAACACAAACUAUAGUGGAGAAUAUCAUAUGGAUCAUGUGGUUAUUGUUAUGUUCUGGAAUGUAUUAAGGAAAUUUAGUGGAUGUGAUCAAGAACGGUUUCUCAUGUUUGUAACCGGAAGUGCUCGUGGUCCGAUUAGGGGUUUUGGAACCUUGAAUCCGAAGUUUGGCAUCAAAAGUUACGGGGAUGAUCCAAGCCGACUGCCUUUAGCAUCUACAUGCUUUAAUCAGUUGCAUCUCCCUCCUUAUCAAACAGAGGAACAAAUGCAUGCAAAGUUGAUUCAAGCAAUAUCUUCGAAGUCAGGAUUUGAUCUAAUCUUAUUUCACGGAGCGGAGGAUGAAGGGUGGAGGUGGUCUGGUUCCAGGAUUGGGGAUCAGUGGGAGACGGUCCAGCAUGUCAGCCCCGCUGUGGUGGUGGCCAGAGUCGGAUUUAACAUGCCUUUGUUCUCAAUGAUACUGUAG